GCACACUGGGCCAGAACUUAUUUACGCGUCUAUCUUAGCUCCUUGACUGUGCGGACCUGAGGACCAGGCGAGAGCGCAUGCCGAGCGCAGACCGCGUCCCGAGGUUAUUCCGCGAGAGGAUGAGUCCCGCGCCGGCCGCCAGCGGCUCGCAGGAAGCGGCGAUCCCCGAGCACCGUGCUCUCUCUGACCCCUGCGAGACCCCGGCCAGGCCGACCCGCCAGGCGCCGAGUCCGCGCACCCGGCAGGGAAGGCGGCCAGGGGCCCCGCCCUCGGCGCUCGCUCCUUCCCGGGCGCGCCGCGCACGCCGGCUUCCAGGCCGAGGGCCCCUCGCCCGGCGCACGGCCGCGCCCUCCGGGGGCUCGGGAGGCCGGUCCACCGUCCCCGUCCCCACAGGCGGACAUGGCCUUCAGAGCCCGGUUCCGAGCGUGGGGGUCUUCUUGGCGUCCGCCACCUGCCACCUGCGGCGAGCAAAGGGACCGACCGGUCGGGGCGGGGGUGGGGCAGGCCGGGAAGGGAGGCGAGGACCGGCCAGGACCAGGCGAGAGGCAGCGCUGCUAACUUUCCUGCACUCACGCUUCUUCCGCGGGGCCCAGGCUGGCGUGGCGGCCUCCACGCCGCUUGCUCCCUCCCGCCCCGCUGGGCACCGAGUGUCCGCCGCGCCCUCCCGAGCUCUCCGCGGCGCCGCCAGCCACGUCCCACGCCCCCUUCCCGCCCGCGCGCGUGUCGCCGCCGCCAGAGGGGGCGGGGCCCGGGCCCGGGCGUCCAGUCAGCCACGGUCCCAGCGUGCCCUGCGCGGGCCAACGAGAGCGAAUCCAGUGACUCACCCCCGCCGCGCUCGCUCCUCGCUGGCUCUCCCCUCACACACGCUCACGCCCGGCUCGACAUGGCGGCGGCGGCUGCGGCGGGGGACUCCGACUCCUGGGAUGCGGACACGUUCUCCGUGGAAGACCCGGUACGGAAGGUGGGGGCCGGCGGUACGGCCGGCGGGGACCGCUGGGAAGGCGAGGACGAGGACGAGGACGUCAAGGGUGAGCUGAGUGCCGAAAGGGCCGGCAGUUACUGACCAGAAACCGGGCAGUCCGCAGCGACCGGGAAACCGUGAAGUUGACAGUGACAUUCAUCUUCACACGAGAGAUGGAAGACUUGGAGGCUGGAUUAGAGCGGGGCCAGUGCAUCCUCUCAGGGGUGAUCCAGAUUUGCCCUCCUGGCGCAUUUGUGAGCACUCCUGGGGGCUUAGCCUAUGGCUUCAGAAACAUGACUAUGGCGAUUUUUUAAAAGUAGCUCCAGAAGUCUCAAGCCCAUCAUGUGAAGACUCUUAUUGAUAAAGUUCUCAACGUUUUUAAAUAUUUGUGCAGAUAAAGUUUUGUAUGAAUUGGAAAAUGGUAUUUCGUGGUUUGGGGUUCAUUUAGUGAAUGUUUCACUCCCAACUUCUAUUCCUUGGCAUAUACUUAAUUCUACAAGUCCUUCUGCUUGGGUUGAAAAUUUUUAAGCUAGAAAAUUGCUAUUAACUUAAUACUCAGUACUGCUUUCUCCUGAGUCUGAUGAGGUGAAUGUACAAUUUCUUGAACAACCUGAGGUUCAGAAACGAAGGGAGCUUUGCACACAUUGGUGUUAAUAAAUGAGUAGUGUUGUUGUGAAAGUACUUAGACAUGGGAAUGGAUUAUGUUAACCCCUUCGUUGCAAGAUAUAAGUUACUUUCCUACAUUGUAGAACAUUUUCUGUUUGGAGCAUUUAGUUCAGAUUUGCCCUUUUAAUUUUUCUAUGUAUACUUGGAUGCAGCAGUUAAGAUACCUGUUAAUGAAAAUUGGAAAUAAAUUACCAAAUGAGAAGAAACUAUUAGAGAAAUCUGGACAAAAAUAUCAGAAAAUGAGGUUUGAAUGGAGUAAUCUGGGCUGAUAUCAUGAAGUAAACUGCCUGAGAUUAUUGGAUCUAUGGUAUUAAUCCUGAUAAAUGUAAUUCUAAUUCUGACCACUUGGAAUUAAUUUUGGAGAUUUACGAGUUUAAAGGACUAUAAAAGUCAUCUCGCCAAUUCACUCUUUCAAUGCAGAAUUUCUUUUUCUUAUACAAAUAGCUUAUUUAUUUUACAUAAACUUUGAAGUUGAUCUUGGAGAAGAAAGCUGAACUUGCCUGUUUUAUUUCCAAGUUUAAAUGUUGGAUUAUUUCUGUUGAGUUUCUUCAAGAUUCUCAUAAUGAUAUCCACGGAAUAGUUUGAUUCCUGGACUCCGGAAUGGACAGACCUGGGUUGAUAUUGUUGCCUUGACAUUUUUUAUAUUUGUGGUCAUGAGCAAGUGUUUGAUCUUUGUUUUAGUUUUCAAUCUGUAACUUGUCAUUAUGGGAGUUAAUUUGCAUUUUAAAUGAGAUUGCAGGGGAAGCCUUAAGCAGAAUUGCCUGAUACAUAGUAGGCACUCAGUAAAUGUUAAUUGUCUCUUACUUUAAGAUAUUGUCUUUUUCUAGCUAAUGGAAUGUAUGCUUCGGCUGUUUAGAUCUAGUAUUGGGGUUUAUUUUGUACCACAUUUUUUAUUUCCUAAGCUCAGAAGGAUUAAGUUCUCGCCAUAGUGGCAGUUUAUUGUGAAUUUUAUGGGUUGUUUUCUUUUAAGGUCACAAAGUUUUCUUUAUUCUUUGGGAGAAGAGACGCCGCCACACUUCUACUCAAUUAAGAGAAACAUUUUUAUCAGCACAGAAGUCAUCUUUAUUUUUUCUACUUACAAUGCCAUGAAUUCAUAGGGAAUGGGUUCUAGCAGCUCAGGCUCCUUCCCAUUGGUUCUCACAGAGUGCUUCUCUGGGUGGAGCAGGCCGAUGCUUCAGUUGAACCCAGGUACCUUUCUCGUUGGCUUCCUUCUUUUUCUGAUCAUUUUCCUUCACAUGUUUCAGGAAGCUAUCUUGCUCUUAGAGUGCCUUAUAUGCUCAAUAUGUACAUUAAUUCUCUUGGCAAGAAUCUUGACCUUAACUUGCUUGUUCACAAAAAGCCAACUGCAUGCUGGGUGACAUUGUUCACUCUUCCAGUUUUGCCAUGGUAAUAUUUGUGGGGCACUCCUUUUUGAACAGCACUCAUUCCCUUGAUGUCCACAGUAUCACCUCUCUUGUAGAUUUGUAUAUAUGUGGCCAAAGGAACAAUUCCAUGUUUUCUAAAAGGCCUAGAGAACAUAUAGCAAGUGCCUCUCCUCUUUCCCUUUGUGUUAGUCACUUUGGCAAAUUACUGGAAGAUGGCAGUUCCGGCCAAAAGGCUGAAUUUUAUAUUUUGAAUGGAAUGACCAAGUUUAUCAAGCAAGGUUUUGCUUGCUCAAAGGUUACCAAUCAAAGUUGAAUUUUCUCUCCUUGGAUGGUAGUAAUACCACCUAUCUGAAUUCUAAUGUUAUAGUACCUAAUCCUUUCCUAAGGAGAUGCAUACAAGGCUAAGUUUCCAUGAGAUUGAGUAAUCACCGUCCUUAAUACAAUAUGGGAAUUUUUAAAAAUGUU